AUAAGCUCCGCCCCAUCCGCCAAUCCUAGCACCGAAACGCAAAGGCUGGAUUCCUACCCGUAUGGCCGCCUACCUCUGCCAGGAAUUCCGCGGUGGAUAUAUUGGGCCUAAUAGCCAUUAAAUUACUAACGGAUUUUAUACAGAGGACUCUAGGCUGUGUUGCAAAAUUCCCCCACCUUCUUUGAAUUUCUUUUAUAUACAGCGCAGAGCUCCAUAUAUGCUGCGCCGAGUGCUGAAAAGGAACCUCCAUAGGCCCGGAGGGGAUCAAAACGACUAUAAUAAUACCCUGGAAGGACUAUCCCGGCAACUUUAUGUGAUAGCUUUCUUCGUCAAUAUAACGAUUUUUAUUUAAUUUUGUGCGCAUCUUGGAGCUCAAGCAUUCGUUCAGGCGCGCAAAAUGCCCAUCAGCAGCGAUGCCUUUAACAUCGAUAAUCUCUCGCAGGGCGAGACUGUGUAUCAGCGAUGCAUCGUCAUCAAGGGCUCCUGUAGAUCGGCUGUAGAAAGCGGCUUCCUCACCGUUGAGAAUCAGGGUGCAUCGGGGUCUCAGAACUUCCCAACCCAGCGCCAUCCGGUUCUCCAACGCCGGUUUACAUUCCUUGCCAUGCUCUCUGAGGGGCCGAAUAACCUCAUCAUUCAACUGGGAAGCCAUUACAAUAGGCCCGCACUGUCGCCUUCUCCUGAUACCAUCAUUGUUUCCCUCAACUAUUACCCACUGAUGAACAGCCCACCCCUUCAUCUCGCCAUCAUGGUCGCCAAGGACUCCCCCUUGUUGAUCGACUGCCCGCCGGAUAAACAUGGCGGCCUUCCGGAUGGACAUUCACACCUAGACGCCGUGAUCGCCAAAUUCCGCAUUACGGCCUACAUGUGGCAGGCCCUCACGGCUGAAGAUAUGCGCCUUAAGGGCCUGGGUCGUCGCUCGUUCCGACUCGAAGAGGAGCGGACAGCUGAUACCACUAGCCAGGCGUUCUUGGAUAACCGGGGCCGGCAGUGGCUCCCUGUUAGUGAGGCCAUACGUUCGACGGCGAAGAUCCAUCUAAUUGGUACGCAUAAGACGGUUACUGAAUUGAGAGACCCGAACAUUGCGCAGCAGAAUCGUCAUGCCAAUGACAAAAAUCGCUUGUUCAACAUAUUCCUGGAUGCUCUUAAGGACUACGGGCCGCCCUUCGACGCCCCCAAUCACCCCAUUGUUGCGGGCCUGAUUCUCGACUCACAUUACUCGGUUGAACAGAAUCUUAUUGUGGCACACGCGGCGUUAGGGGCCCAUAAUGGUGAUGGCAUCUCACUGGGCAUGUUUGGCAGCCAUCUUACCUACUCCUGGCCACGGUUCGCAGAGGAAAUUAAUGAAUAUCUGCUCGAUACCAGAGCGCCUGGACCAACACUUGGCAAUGACUGUGGCGAAUGCGACUCUAUGUGGGAGGCUUGCUCGAUUGGCCAGGGAGCCUUCCUCCAUGAAGUGGGCCAUGCCUUUGGCGCGCCACAUACCACCGGCAUUAUGGCGCGCGGGUAUGCUGAGCACUGGCCCAGGAACUUCCUCCCCAGAACUGCCUACAGCGUGGCUAACAACAGGCAGGGUGUUGUCGUUGUAGAGGGACAGACCCGGAAUAAUGCUCGAUGGGAUCUAAGAGAUGCACUCUCGUUCAAGUUAUUUCCCCACUUUUGGAUUCCAGGCGAUGGGAUUUUCGAGCCGGGUGUCCGGGCCGAAACACCCAGUGCUGUUGUAAUAGAACAAGGGGAGGGAGGCCCGGCGAAGUUGGGCAUCCAGCUAUCCUGUCGAGCCAAGGUCGUGCAAAUUUCAUUCAACGACAAUCCCGAACCAUCCCCCACAGUCGCUUCCCCGUCCAAUAAAGUCAUAUAUAUGAUGAAAGACCUCGAAUCUCGCUUCCCUCGCAAUAGCAAUAAGCCCCUCAAGCUUACCGUGCUCGGGAUGAAUGGCAAAACCCGCACGAUCCAUGACGUCUGGCGUCUGUUUGGCUUCAGAGAUAUCAUUAGAAUCCCGGGCUCCAAGGUCGUGUUGACGAAACAAUCUAUUCUAUGCCCUCAGAUGGAAGCCGAUCAAUCUAAAGAGCCCGAUGACUCGUCUGUUUGGGCAUGGGCUACCUUGCUAGCUAAACCACGAGAUGGCUUGAGACCGGGCUUUGGGUCUACGAAACGCGUCAAAUCUAUUGAUGUGCGUACGGGGGCGUUUUUGGACGGCUUGUAUGUAGAUUUCGAUGAUGGGGAGCGGGUCAACUGCGGGCCGCGAUUGAAGCGGAAUGGAGGCAAGCACACAUUUGGCGGGCACGCUGCUAGGCAAAUUGACAUUAUUCCUAGUGGUAGUGGUAAUCGCGUGGGUAGCUAUGCUGAUCGCGAGAUUGUGAUGAUUGAAGUUGCGAGGGCGAACAACGUUAUCACAGGCAUGAGGAUCCAUUUGAGAGAUGGGACAGAAGGAGGUGAGCUGAGUGCGUAUGGCUGUGUGGAUGAGACUUGCACGCUUGAACCACCACCCGGCCAACGAAUUGUUGGCUUCUACGGACGCAACUGGUGGGGUCAAAUGUGCGAUGCGAUGUUUGAAUUUGGCGUCAUCAGUGCUCCACGCGAUGUCGAGUUGCCAGAGACCGUAUAUGGGAUGAAAGAGCUUAUGAAUACGGAUGGGCGGCGCAAUGAUGUGAGCUAACUCCCUCUAUUUCCUUUCCUCUUGGAAAGAGGUUAAAUCAGAUAUUGGCGGGUUUGGCCGCCAAAACUACAAUAAUAGUCCACACAAGGAAGAGGAGGGUGGGGCGUAACUGAAUGAUAUUUAGUGAUUUAACCAGAAUGCCAAAUGCCUAGAUGUUGCCAUUCCGUCAUGAAUAUAAUAUCUAACAGUUUGCUAGCUGCCUGCAGCUCUAGGUAAACGAGAGCAAGUAAAGCAGAGGAAUCGAGAGUGGUUGGUGUAUAAGGCCUAUCAUUUCUUGCGACGGGUAUUGGGGAAACAACGUUAAUGUCAAAUCAAAUUAAAUCAGCCAGCUCUUCAUCAAUUACGGCAUUAACAAGACAGCCUCCUCCUCUUCCCAACCUAUACGGUUUAAACUAACCAUGCCACCUACCUUCAUUUUCCCUUCUCAAAGUAUUCUUAUCACCGAACCCACUAAGCCAACUCGAAGCAAUUCCUCGCUCUGUUUACCCCCUCGAAUCAUUCUCCAACGUCAACUUCAAUCAUCCAACCCCGUCCCUUCUCCCCCAUCCACUUCCAUAUUGUCAGCCCCCACCGCUACAUCCCAACUCGCACACUCGUCCCGCACCCUGGUCUCCGAAUUCUCCACACAUAUCUUAACCCGCUUUUCGACCUCCUCCUUCCACUUCCGAUCGUACGCAAUCGCUGCCCUCCUCAUCUCUUCAUAAUACUGAAAUAGCCGCUGGCCCGGUCCCCCACCCGCUCCCGCUCCCUGCCUUAACCCAGACACAAGCGGCCAAUCAUUUGUCGUAGAGAUUUUGCUAUGAUCAACGAACUUAUCAAGCGCCAGACGAGACUUGAGGGUGAUGCCGAUCAUAGCUUCCAUGGUGUAACGUGCGUCGUUGCCGCCGUUGUGCAGGUUCCAGCCCGUAAUGCCAAGAUCGACGAGGAUUUUGCCUAGGGAUGUCGGCUCUGUUUGGCGCAUUAGGACACGGAAGAGGAUGGAGGUGUCGAGGGUAUCGAUGAAGUUUGGAAGUUCGGUAUUCUUGUCUGGAGGGCGGGGGGUGUCGGCGGUGGUGGUGCUCGGUUUGAUGAAGGACUUGCAUCCCAGCUUCCGGAGGUACGCAAUAUCGGUUUCGGCGUUGUGGCCUACGAAUAUCAGGUUGCGUGGACGAGUGUUGUUUCCCGGGAUUGAGUCGAUAUCGCAGAAAGGUUCGGUGUCCGAAAACGAGGGCUGACGAAUACCCUCCUGGGUAUCUUUCUCGCCUCCAUUGGUAUUGCCGCUGUUCGCGUCUAUCAGAUCCUGGGGGAACCAAGGUACAUGGGCAGAGUAAGGAGGUUGAAAGCACAUAUCGACAAUGUCUGCAGCCUUCGAUAUCGAGAUCCAUUCACUUUCGCCGAAUUCGAAACUGUCGGGACACCCGCUAACAUACUCUUUGUUGACAACAUUAGCGUAUUCCGAAAUUCGGAAAUGACGAGAGUGUAUCUUCGCAGUCCAGUUACUCCCACCUUCUCCAGGGGGAAUACCAGCAAGAUCAAGGGUGUCAAGAGUUGAUACUCCGAUUUCUGUGAUUUGAUGGUGAAUUUUUUCAUUUGCCUCGACAUCAACGCAAACAAAGAUUGGCUCACUCGCAAAGCGGAAUGGAGCUACUUGAUUGACAUCCAUCGGGAGAAGGAUAAUCCCGCAUGCUAACCCGUACUCCCGUUCAGCCUGCUUCUGUUCUUCCCAGGUCAAACCAUCAGUAAUAGGGGGUUCCAGAUCGCGAGGACGUCGAGGACACAUUCCAAGGUAGCACUUGGCCCUCUUCAUCGUACGGCACCAGCCCUGUAAUUUCUGGAUGCGGUCGCCUUCCCUUUUCUUCCUAGCUACCUUGUUCUUUUGUCGAUUAGCGUCGACGGCAGCCGCCAUCUUUCCCUUGAAAGCAGCAAAUGAACGGUCAACUUCUGCGGAGCAGCCCUGGGGGGGUUCAUGAUGGUCUAUUGGUGCGUCGGGUAUGUUUGACUCCAUUUCUUCUUUCUCCUCCUUAGAGGACGCCGUUCCGAGAUAAUGUGGCUGAGGGGUACCGUCGUUCUCGAAAGGGAUUAAGAGCCCGGGUUCUUGGUCUAAAGGAAGGGAAACAUGAGUGUUAAAUGCGUUGUUGAUGUCAUCCAUAAGGUCUUGAGCUUGUUGACUGGGAACGAGAAUGAGCGGUCUGGUUGAGAUGGAAAGCGGCGGGUUAAUAUAGUAUCUGAUGGAAUGCUCAAGUUAGUGAAUCUGGGUAUUGCAGAAGGGGCGAUCCAGAGUCAUAGUGACUACUCGAAAGGGACGAUUUCCCCAGCCCGUAGUUAUAGCCCAUUAUGUCUGCACGUUUUGCAUUAUGGUCUAAUAUCUGAACGGGGAAGUGAUUCUUUCAUGGAAUAAACGUACAUAUCCCACGGCCUCUUCCAGAACUUUCCUUCGUUGAAGAAGCGUUGUGCAAUUCGCUCGCCAUCACUGCCUCGAACGUAUUUGUACGGGAAACGACUGAUAGCAGAUAUUGGGCAGAAUAAUCUUCCGCCAUUGCUGUAGAAGGCUGCCCUAAGGGUAUCAUAGGAAGCCGUCGAUAUCGACAAACCCACAUGCGUACUCCCUCUGUAAUGGUUAUCGUUCUUAUUCCAAAUCUUCUUUUUCCUUUUGUUUUCCCGUGUAGCAUCGGAAAAAGUAGCUAGAUACUCAUCAAACCCAUCUUCUGAGCUGCUGGGCUCAUCUACCGCCGGCUCCUUGGACGAACCUGCUUGGCUACUCUGCUGACGGCUGAUUUCUGUGGUUUGUGGUGGAUUGUUGGCGGUGUUCUGUUCUUUCAUUGAAAGAUUCGCUAUUUCCAGUGCGGAUUGAAGGCCUGUAUUGGUCUUGAGAAGAUCUUCAUCUUCUCCAUCAAAGAGUAACUUGAGACGCGCUUGCAUGUCCAUCGUGGGCAGCAGAGCAGAUUCAUGAAACACACAAAGUUACAAAUAGCAGCUGUGGUGGAAAAUCGUUGAUGCAAGAAGAGAAAAUGACACGAAAGAAAGGAGAAGCAGAAGGAAAGAGAACUAGAAAAGUGCAGUCAGUGGACUGCACUGUGUUAUAGACUGUGAGUUAGAUCUGCCAUGAAGUGAGAGAUGCUCUGAAGACAUGUCUGAGAUCAGUGACAAAGCAACACUAAGAUAUCAUCAAUCU